ACUCAACAUUUAUGCUCAAAAAAAUAAACUUUUACACGAGUUUUAACCCGAUUCAAUAAACAAAUAAAAUAAUGCAUUUAUCUAACGGUGUCCACGCAAACGUAACACUGGUUUAGUCCCGGUUUUAGAUUUUAGUGCACUCUUGGGGUGUGUUACAUGGAGUUCUAUGAAUCAUCAUUUUUAUCAUGUGACCAAAGACCAGACCAAAGACCGGACCAGAGUCUAGACCAGAGACCGGACCAGAGUCUAGACUAGAGACCGGACCAGAGUCUAGACCAGAGACCGGACCAGAGUCCAGACCAGAGACCGGACCAUGCUGAACCCGCUCCGAGUCCUGGUUUCUGGACUUACUCAGACCUCCACAAGAUGCUGCUCUGGUUAUGUGUCCAGAAUGAGGUUCUUGAAUCGUCUGAAGCAGGACGAUGUUUUUUGUGCCGAGUCCGUCUCAGACUCGGACUUGAUCCUGUUUCAUUCCCUGAAGCCGCUGCUCAAGAAAAACCCAGACCGAAGCUUCUCGUCCGUGUCUCUGCACCACCGAGAGCUGAACUCGCUGCUCCAGAAACUGGGGGCUGACCCGUCAAUCAUCCAGGAGUCUGUUCUGAUUGGCUGCUCGGACAGAGGCUCCGCCCUCUUCUGUCUGGACCUGGCUGCCGUGGACGUCGCCGCCGCAGUAGAAGAAGAAAGCGGCGCGGUGUUUGUGGAUCUGAGGAAGUCGUUUUUCCUGCUGUCGGACUCGGAGGCACCUCUAGUGGCCAAGGCUCAGGCGUUGCUUCGUUGGCAUCAGACUCACAGAUUCUGCAGCUUCUCUGGAAAACCGACCGAGAGAAACAGAUCAGGAACCCAGAGAGUCACAGCAGGAUCUACAGUCAUACACUACCCCCAGAUGUCUCCGGUGGUCAUUGCCCUGGUGCAUGAUGGGAGUCGGUGUUUAUUGGCGCGUCAGGCUUCGUUUCCUCCGGGACUCUACAGCGCCCUCGCCGGAUUCUGCGACAUGGGUGAGAGUGUGGAGGAGGCCGUCCGCAGGGAGGUGGCAGAGGAGGCGGGACUCGAGGUUCUGUCCGUCACGUACAGCGGCUCUCAGCAUUGGCCCUUUCCCAACAGCUCCUUCAUGAUUGGCUGCUUCGCUGCCGUCAGCCCCACCCACUCCCAGCUGUCUGUGGACCACUCGGAGCUGGAGGACGCCCAGUGGUUCGAUCUCAAGCAAAUCCAAACCGGGCUCCAAACCGCUCCGCCCAAAAAAGGAGCACCCGUGGUCACGUGGUUCCCUCCGAGACACGCCAUUGGACACUGGCUGAUCGCGGAGUGGGCGGAGCAACAGAGACAUCACGUGACCCAACGGUGACGACGCUGACCUCAAACCUUUACCUCCUGAGCCUUUAAUAAAUCCUGUUUUAAAGCUA